UGUUCUAAAAUUCCUCUUGGGCUAUGGAACUCACUGGGUGACAUGUCGCCAUCACUGUAUUUCACCCUAAACUACCUUACAUCAAUGUUGUGUGAUAAAAUGGAUGGGUAUAUGCUCAACCUCUGGGUUAUUAUUUUUUUUAGUGAAGUAGAAUGUACUAAAAAGGGAGCCUUUGUUGCACAACUUCCUUUCCAGAUAUAUGGCUAUGGGGAGGAAUGAUGCCUUGGAAACACUCCUCCCUCAUUUGCAAUAAGUGUGUGUAUGACUAUAAUUUGCAGCAGAGGAAGUUGGUCACAUCAGAUGCUAACCCAAUUCUCACCCAACCACGAUGUCGGCUUCUCUUGGCCUUGGCCUCCUCUUAGCAUUUCUUGCCAGAGGGACUGCUCUGCAAUGUGAGGUUUGCACAGGUCUUGGCCAAAACUGUACUGGGGAGUUGGAAACAUGUCCUCCAAAUCAUGAUUUUUGUGCCACCACUAUGUUUGCAACUGAAAGGGAAGAAAUAAAGGUUCAUGGACUGGUUAAGAACUGUGUUCCCUUUGCUGUCUGUCAAACUGGCUCUGCUGAUAUUAACCUGGGCAAAAAAGGAAGAUCGAGGACAAGUGUUUUCUGCUGUCAAGGCGAUGCUUGCAAUACAGCUUCUUCAGCCGAAUUGCCACUUGUAGAUACCAAACUCAAUGGUCUACGAUGCCCAGCCUGCUAUGCUUCAUUUUCUGAGUCAUGCGGUGAUGAUACGGUUGACUGUGUUGGAUCAGAGUCUCAUUGCCUUGAUUUGGCUGGAUAUGUAUAUACAGGUGAAACAUCUGAAAAAGUUGCCAUGAAGGGCUGUGCCACUCUGGCCGUCUGUGAUGCCACCAUAGGAGGUGCAGCAACUUUUACCGGGGUCAGUUCAGCCAUCACAAAGCUUGAAUGCAGAGCGGCCACGAACAUUGCCAGCCGAACUCCCGAAGCAACUGGACUCUUCAUUUCAGUCAUUGCUGGACUCCUGAUGAUUCAGUUUUCAUCCUAAUUAAUCAUCUGUAUUCAUGAACAAGUGCACAGAGAAGCCAAACUGAGGACUGGAUUAAAAUCUGGUUCAGUUUUCACAGCUGAGAAUAUGGGAUAUUUGAGAUCAGAACAGAUACAUAGUACUGCAGCCCACAAGUUAUGAACAAGACAGAUUCUGUAGAUUUGUUUUUAAGUUGAAUAUGUCAGAAUUGUUACAUUUUUAAAGUGUAACUCUAACUGUAAUAAUUGGAUUUCCAAAAAAAUUGCUUGUUUUGGAAACAAGAAUUGGUGAUAAAGCUUCAGUUUAGACAUCUUUUUCCCAUGAGAACCCUUUCAGGAGUGGAUUUCCUUUCCUACGGGUAGAUUUCUCCCAUUUCCUGUUGUUUCACCCCUGUUCAUAACUAUGUCAUUUGGAAUUUGGAAUUUUUGUAAUUCAAGGACUGCCUGGAAUUAUGGUUGCACAAAACCUUAGGCACAAAUUAAAGAUAUUUUUUUGUAUAAGUUAACCAAAAUCCAGCGGUAUUAGAAUAUUACAAGCAUGGUUAGACCUACUGAGGUCAUUCCAAUAUAUAAGUUGAGUAUCCUUUGAAACCAGAAGGGUUUCAAAUUAUCAGGGGAUUUUGUUAUACCUGUACUUUCACAUUUGCACGUAAUUAGAUGUAUUGCAACUGGAACCCAAAUCUAAACACAUAAUUUGUACAGCU